AUGGUGCAUAAGUGGCUUUUUCUUUCUUGUGGCAGGUUUGGCCUCGUCAACACGCGGUGCAUUCAAAUAUGGCAGCGUCUAUACGACGGCGAUUUUCUUUCUGGGCGUGGCGUUUUUAACUGGGCGGGCUCAUGCGCUUAUUAUGCAAUUAGCGGGUACCCUUUCAUUCGCAGAACAACCACUCCCCAUGCCACACAUGUCCUAAAGCAUCCUGGGUACUGGUGUUACCCGGGUGUGGAAAGUCGCUUCUUCAUGGAUGCGUGGGCAGGCAGAUGUGUGCUUGCACACCUGGAUGAUUGUUGGGGGCUUCCUCGAAGGUCCCGAGCAUCGUCUCACCAGACGUGGCACCGCUGA